GCUCCUCCCGGCUAUGGCAACCGGGAUAUGGCAGGCGCCUUCCGCCGGGCCGGGCGCUCGGCUCCAAAUCUGCAAGGGGGCAAUCUUCGCAAGGGGACAGAAGAUUAGCUUGAGGAACCGUGAGAGGCUGAGAAUUAUAAAGGUUUUUUCCGAAGAAGCAGCUUCUCGAGCUUGUGUAUGGGGACGAAAGCUGCUAAGUUUCGAGAUUGUUACGUAUCACAUCGAUAGGCUGAGAAGGAGACAGUGGCUGCUGUUCUUAGUAACUUCUGCCUUGAGCAUUGCGUUGAUCGCUUCGGCACCAAACAAUCUCUCUGCCUGGGCUCUUACGGAGGAGAAUUUACUGUUCUUGGAAGCAUGGAGAACGAUCGAUCGGGCUUACGUUGACAAGAGCUUCAACGGACAAAGCUGGUUUAGAUAUCGCGAAAAUGUGCUUCGGAACGAGCCCAUGAAUACCAGAGAAGAAACGUAUGGUGCUAUUCGCAAGAUGCUUGCAACUUUGGACGAUCCCUUUACGAGGUUUUUGGAGCCAGAAAAGUUUAAGAGCCUGGUGUCUGGCACUACGGGUGCUUUGACGGGAGUGGGCUUGGAAGUUGGAUUUGACGCUAACUCGAGCGGCUUGCCAGACGAACUUGUAGUUGUGACGCCCGUGGCCGGAGGUCCUGCUGCUCGAGCAGGCAUUCAGCCUGGAGAUGUUAUUUUAGAGAUCGAUGGAGAGAAGGUUGGAGGCUUGAGCCUUUACGAUGCUGCUAAAAAACUCCAGGGUCCGGAGAACUCAUCCGUCAUACUGACUGUGCUCAACAGAGAAAGCAGAAUGGAGAACACGAUGACAUUGACAAGAGAAAAAAUCGUCGUCAAUCCCGUGACGUGGAAGCUCUGCGAAGUCAGUUCCUAUCAAAAGCUGGGAUACAUCCGCCUAUCAACAUUUAACAAGAACUCAGUUCGUGCUGUACAGCAGGCGCUGGAGGCACUGCACAAAAGCGGUGCGUCUGGUUACGUGCUUGACAUCCGAAACAACGGCGGUGGAUACUUCCCUGCCGUGAUCGACAUUGCAAAAAUGUGGUUGGACAAGGGAGUUAUCGUGUACAUCGCUGACAACAGAGGGAUACGAGACAUUUACGAGGCGGACGGUGGUAGUGCCAUAGCUCCUUCAGAACCUCUGGCUCUACUGGUGAACAAAGGAACUGCCAGUGCGAGUGAGAUUCUCGCUGGAGCAUUCAAAGACAACGAUCGAGCUACUGUUCUCGGCGAGCCUACGUUUGGCAAGGGGAAAAUCCAGUCUGUGUUUGAACUAUCAGAUGGCUCUGGGCUUGUUGUUACUACUGCUCGAUACCAGACGCCGGACAAGAUUGACAUUGACAAGGUUGGUGUUUCUCCAGAUCGUCCAUUGCCAGAGGCUAUUCCUCGAGACGGCGAAAGCUUUUGCAAGUGCCUCCAAGGCUCAGGUUCUCAGGAAUGCCGCAUUCCAUUGUCGUCUCUCUUUAAAAAGUAAAUGCUGUCUUUCGUUUAUAUGAAGGAAACCAUUACCAUGAGCACAA